AUGGCCAUCUUCUGCACCGUGGCCAAAAGAUCACGUGCUGGUGCCAAUUGGAUCAAGGCUAUGUUGACCAACAAGCGUUGGGUGGGCACCUACGACCAGUGGCACACGCAGGAGUUUCUGGAGGAGCUGGGCAACUGUGUGCUGCAGCUGAUUUCCUCCAUCCCCGGUGGGGUGCUGUGUUUUCUGCCAAGCUACCAGACGGUGGAGCUGGUGACGGCUGCCUGGAAGCGAACACCAGCCUCGGGAGGCAGCCUUUGGCGAAAGAUGGAGGAGGCAAAGGGCGUCGUUGUCUCGGAGCCUCGCGGGUCUGGCAAGGAGAUGGUGGAAACCUGCGCCACAUUCAUCAACAGUGUGCGCCGGGGUCGGGGGGCCUUGGCCCUCGCAGUGUACCGCGGGAAGCUGAGUGAAGGACUGGACUUCACCGAUGACCUCUGUCGAGCUGUCAUCUGCAUUGGCAUCCCCUAUCCUAUGGUGAACGAUCCGGUGGUGCUAGCAAAACGGCAGUGGAACGACUCACGCCCCCGGAAGCCGGGAACUCUCACCGGUGACCAGUGGUACGAGCAGCAAGCCUACCGAGCGAUCAACCAGGCUCUUGGGCGCUGCUUGCGGCACCAUCAAGACUUUGGCGCUGUGCUCCUGCUUGAUGCACGGUGGGCAUCCCGCGGGGAGAAAGCUCGAGGCCUGCGGAAGCACCUGGCUCCUUGGCUCCAGCGCCACGUGAUCGAAUCGUCCAACUGCCGCGACCUGGCAUGCCGCCUGCGAGUGCACUUCCACUCUGCCGCCAGGAUGCCUCCUGACCAGCCUCGUGCAAGCGCGGCAGAGGUGCACGCAGCCCCGAAGCAAGUGGCCGCGCCGGAAGAGGCGAACCCGCCGCCACCGAAACGUCGGCUGCUGGACUUGCUCGAGGCCGAUGUGGCGACAAAGCGCUGUGCUCCGGGAGAUCAGGCGUUGACAGGUCGCGCUUGGCAUCCGGUAGCGCCUCUCCGCAUCGGCUUUUGA